GUGCGCGCUCCGCGUUUCCGGGGGGAAGCGGACCCAGGAGGAACCAGCGCGCGGCGGCGCCUGCGGUCGGGGCGGAAGCGAUGGCCGUGGGGCUCUGCGGGUCGCGGCUCUGGCGGGCCGUCCCCGGGGGCGGCGCGGGCUGGCGAUGGAUAGCAACCUCCGCAGCUUCUCAGCUGUCCCCGACCGAACUGAUCGAAAUGCAGAACGACGUCUUCAAUAGAGAGAAAGACAGGCAGGCAUCGCUCACUCCGCGGGUGGAGAAGAUCGAGGUUAAACUCGUUGGGAAAACGGACGCUGGCACCACGUUUGUGAUGAAUAAGAACGUCUCCACGCCGUACAGUUGUGCCAUGCAUUUAAGUGAGUGGUACUGCAAGAAGUCCAUUCUGGCUCUGGUAGACGGACAGCCGUGGGACAUGUAUAAGCCUUUGACCAAGCCCUGCGAAAUUCAGUUUCUUACUUUCAAAGAUCGUGAUCCAGAAGAAGUUAAUAAGGCUUAUUGGCGGUCUUGUGCCAUGAUGAUGGGCUGUGUGAUAGAGAGGGCAUUCAAAGACGAAUACUUGGUCAAUUUGGUCAGAGCUCCAGAAGUGCCUGUAAUUGCUGGAGCUUUCUGCUAUGAUGUAGUUUUGGAUAAGAGGCUUGAUGAGUGGAUGCCAACAAAAGAGAACCUACGUUCUUUCACAAAAGAUGCUAUUACUUUAAUUUAUAAAGACCUCCCAUUUGAAACAUUGGAAGUUGAUGCAAAAGUAGCAUUAGAAAUAUUUCAACACAACAGGUAUAAAGUAGAUCUCAUAGAAGAGAAAGCAUCUCAGAAUCCUGACAGAAUAGUCAGGCUGCACAGAUUUGGUGACUUCAUUGAUGUGACUGAAGGCCCUCUUAUUCCAAGAACAAGUAUUUGUUCCCAGUUUGAAGUGUCAGCGGUUCAUAAUCUGCAGGCCACCGAGUCAAGUCUUACACGAAGAUUUCAAGGUCUCUCUUUGCCUGUUCACUUAAGAGCACAUUAUACGAUAUGGACUAAGCUAUUGGAAAGGUCUCGGAAAUUGGUAACUGAAGAUCAAACUAAACCUGCAGAGGAAAGUGCUUCUAAACCUGCAGAUGAAACUAAACCUGCAGAGGAAAGUGCAUCUACCUAGUAGCUUCAUAAAAUUUAAACAUGUAUAGUAAGUUAAAAUAAAAGUUUUUUAUGUAA